ACUUUGUGACUUCUAUGUUAGGGUUAGGGUUUUAUCUUUAUCUUAUUUUAUCUCAAAUUAAUUCAUGAUUUCCGAUUUCACGUUUCCUUUAAUGGAUACCAUCGCCUCCUCCAAUAUUUGAUUUUCUAAUUUAUGCUUUUCCAGUGUCAUUCAGUUCCUCUUUAUCUAUUUUCCUUUCUCGUCCCUACUCUAAGGAUUCAGGUUAGUUCCAGUGUAGUAGCCACCACUAAUACGCAUUCUUCCUUCCAUUUUUAUUUGCAUCUUGUGGUUUAUCUGGCUGUGUGAUUUUGUUUGUGUUUUAUUUAUUUUUUUUUUACGCGGUUAUGCAUAGGGGAUCCUAGGAAUCUGCAAUGCUUGUUUCUGGGACAAAGUCCAGAUUGUGCUGCCACUGCUACAAAUCUGCAAUUUUGUUUUUAUGUUCAAAUUUGAAUGGUGAAAGUCCUUAUUGUCAUACUAUGUCUUGUGCAUUGAUUGAGAUAAUGGUUCUAACUCCUGAGCAUCGGGCCAUUGAAUUCUUUCCUGCCAGUCAAAAUAGCUCUGUGAUCCUAUCUUUUAAAUUAAAUAGAUGCUUGAGUCAUGCAUUUUAUAUUUUAAUGCCCAUGCAUGCUAAGAGAGAAAAAAUUGCAAAGAUUCAAGUCUGUCUAGUAAAGUUAAGGAAUUCAGAGCCAUACAUUUGAAUCUAUAUUGGGAUAAAAUGACGAGUUAAUGGUUUUGCAGGUUCUUUGUAUGGAGUGUGUGGAGAAGGAUCAAUAACAAAGUCCUUGCAAUCUCAAAUUGUUGAUGUAAUAUGUUUUUUAUGGGCCAAAGAAGCAGAGCUUCUAAUCUAGCUCUUUGUGAUGGAAACUACGUUUAGGAGUUGGUGAUGUUUAUAUUCUUAAUUACUGCUGAUGACCUGAUCGCCUGGUAAGCUGUGUGGCAUUGAAUUUUAGUUCCACUGCAAAUUCACGUCUCAUUUUGAGCAAAGUCUGUUGGAAAAAUUACUAGUUGAACUUUAAUUAAGAGUUUGCCCAAAAAAAUAAUAGAACUCUGAGUAAGAGUGAUAAUAAGAAAUAAGAAAAUAAAUAGUUAUUUUGGAAUUGUGGGGAUUUGAGUCCUGACAUUUAUUGCUUUCUCUGUUGGGUGGACAAAGCAAAGGUAUGUCUGUUGGCUGGACAAAGCAAAGGUGUGUCUAUUCGGCUCGUAGUCAGCCUUCAAAUACUGGCCUAUGAUGUUUUACCUGUAGAAUAAAGAAACUCCUGUUUCAAGAUCUAUAUGCCUUAUUUGACUUUCGUUGAUUUCACAAAGCUUUAAUUAUUAGGAGAGUUUAAUUUCGAUUUUGACCUUUUCUUACUGAUGAUAUAUUACGUGUGCCCACUCUGUUGGUAUCUGAUUAUGGUAGUGGCCAUUGUGCUGUGAGGUUUUAUAUUGUAGUCAUUAAUAUCGUUAUUAUAAUUCCUUGGUUAGAUGUUUAGUAUUUGGAGAUCUUGCCAUUAAUCCCUUGUAUUGCAACAGUUAACAUUGAUCUCUCCAUUGUUAUUUUCCUCUUAUUUUGGGAGUGAUGUCGGAAAAGACAGAUUUGCAGGUUUUGGUGACGUAUGGGCUUGAUGGUGGUUUAUUUAUACAUUUGUGCUUUAAUUUGGUUAGGUUUUGUUUUUCUUUUUCUUUUUUGUUAGUAACAAAAUAAUUAGUUUUUG